AUGAGCUCUUUAAAAAUUGUAGAAAAAGCAAAAUUGAAAAGAAAAAAUCAAUAUAAAUUAACUACUUUAGGAGAAAUUGUUGACUCAAAAUGUUUUCCAGCUGAAUAUAAUACUAAUAUAUCUAAUGAAGAUGAUAAAAAAGCAGAAAAGAUAGAAAUAAAUAAAGCCAAAAAGUACAUGUAG